AUGGAAGAGGUGCAAGCCAAGCCAUUGUUCCCUGAUGGCGACGCUACAUCCACAGCGAAAAUGAGACACGUCCUGCAGAAGGUGGCUGUUGAAAUCAAGCACACACCCCACCAAAACCAGGCAGCACUCCUGGGGCUGCAGGCAUACCUGUACCAGCUGAAAGGCCAGACCAGAGAAGCUCUGCAAAGCCUUAAAGAUGCUGAAGAGCAAGAGAGGAAAGAUGAGCAGCAGACAUCUGCUGCUGGUGCUUUGAUUAUCUAUGGGAAUUACGCUUGGAUUCACUACCUUCGGGCCUCUUAUCAAGAGGCUGAAAGCUAUCUGGAAAGAAUUCAGCAGCUCUGCCCAGCCCCUUGGGAUGCACGGCUGGUCCCGUACAUCCAGGCCCAGAAAGGCUGGUCCCUCUUGGCUAUCAGAGCCCGUAAUGGGGAACGGGCAAGAGAGUGCUUCGAGGUGGCAUUGAUGCUUGAACCAGGGAACAGAUAUUUCCAUGCUGGGCUUGGAAUGGCUCUUUAUUCCUCCUGGAGUUACUUCUGGUAUCCUGAUAUUGCAAGGAAAGCCAUAAUCCAAUUGGAAAGAACUGUCCUUGAGCAGCCAAGUAACUACAGAGCCAAAAUACGUUUAGCCAAGCUACUUGAACAAGUGGAUAUAGAAAGAUCAAUUAGCUUGAUAGAAGAAAGUGCAGAGAAAAGCUCCGAUCCCGAUGUCCUCAAAGCUUCAGCUUUGUUCUGCCUGCGACGGUCUACAGAACGAGCAAUUGAGAUAUUACAGCGAGCCCUGCAGCAGGAUCCAGGUUACCACCUUCUCUACCAAGCCUUGGCCAAGUCCUAUAAGGUACAGUGGCUUAACGCAAAGAAGGAAGACAAGAAUAAUAUACUGGAGGCAGCCAUCAAGGACCUCAAGCAAAUUCUUCAGAAACAUCCAGACCUUGACCUCGUGUUUGUAAAGCUGCAAUUAGCAGAGUUCUAUGGUGCAAGAGACCCAGCACAGGAAGAGAAGAUCUACAAGGAGCUGCAGGAGCGAAAGGACACCCUGAGCCCCAAAGGCCAUCAAGCCCUUAAUCUCUAUUGGGGAAAGUUCUUCCUCUAUAAGAAGAAAUCAUUGGAGGAAGCAAAAGCAAAGUUUAUGGAUGGUUACAAGAUUCCUGUGCUGACAGAACAGAGGAAGGAGUGCGCGCAGAGGCUGAUAAAGAUGACUCGGUACUGCCACAGUGACGAUGCCGAUGCUAUCCACCGCUUCAUCCAAGACACCAACCGCCACCUGCCCACAGAAUUUUCUGGAACCAAUCUAGACUGA